AUGCCCGCCUUCCAAGGUUCCGUCUCCGUGACGCACAUCACCACCGCGACGGCGAUCCUUAACAUCGACGGGGUGCGCUUCCUGACCGACCCCGUCUUCUGCCCCGCGGGGUCCGAAUACGACUACGACGGCUGGGCCAAAGCCGACUGGGCCGCCUGGGGCUACGAGCAGGCCCCGCCCCCGGUGAAGCUGCGCAGCCAGGCCGGCCCGGCGCUGCAGCUGGACGAGCUGCCGCCCAUCGACGCCGUGCUGCUCAGCCACGAGGACCACGUCGACAACCUCGACCCGCUGGGCCGGCAGCUCCUCGACGGCCGCCACGUGUUUACGACCCCGGACGGCGCCCGCAACCUAGCCCCGCGGCCGGGCGUGGUCGGCCUCCAGCCCUGGCAGACGGUCGAGGCCGUCCUCGGCGGUAAGCGCUUCCGCAUCACCGGCACCCCCUGCCAGCAUUUCCCCGGCGGGGAAGUCACGGGGUUCAUCGUGGAGUGCGACGCCUUCGGGGUGAGCGACGAGGGCCUUCCCAACGUGGUGUACUUCUCCGGGGAUACCGUCUGGAUCGACGAGCUGGCGGAGAUCCGCAAGAAGUGGCAUGUCGCGGUUGCCGUUGUGAACUUGGGCAAUGCCUUGUUCCCCACCCCCAGGGGGAUGCUGCAGAUCACCUUCGACGGGAAGCAGGCGGCCCAUCUGAUGCGUGUGACCGGGGCGGAUGUGAUGGUCCCCAUUCAUUUUGAAUCCUGGGAGCACUUCACGCAGCAUCAGGAGGAACUGCGACUGGUGUUUAAGGAAGAGGGGAUUGACGACAAGGUGUGCUGGUUGACGCCCGGUGUGGAGAAAACCGCUAUCUAG